AUGAAGUACUUGAGAACAGAGGAGUACGUCCAACAGUUAUCUUGUGUAAAGGACACUGUAGUUCUUCACAAUGAGCUGAAGAAACAUGUGGAUGAUGGCUUUGGUCCAUAUGGCCGCACAAUGUGCGAUCGUAUCAUCCGGGCUUGCAACCAGCAACUGGGAAGUGUGUCUUUGGACCCUGUCCAUCAGGAGCAUAUAGUGGAGUUGGUGGACCUGAUGGAAGACUUUCAUGUUCUAGUGCGGAAUUGCUUCGCAGUGCUGUGCAACAGUCUGCUGUCCAACAGAGCGAAUGGCUCCACCCUCCUUCCACGGGACAGACUUCACUGUCAGCUGCAAGCUUUAACUUUCAGACUCCUAGAACAAGGAUCCAGCUCAGCCUCUUUCCCAUCUAAAGUUCCUAUCUUUAUAGAGGAAGUGUUAGUAGAGUAUGAAAGAUCGUGUGGGAGUUUUACUCAUGAUGAUGAGAAUUUUCUGUCCUCUGAAUUACGAGAACUGUACUUCGGCCCUUUAAUCAAUCCGCAAGACUCUGCACUGACGUGUCUCUCACUAGCAGUGCGGUGUGAGGUUGUGUUUAAGGUUUGUAAACUGCUCUGCAAGAGUCGGUUUUCAGCCGAGGUUGUUGGAUUGCUGCGUGGUGCUCUGGGGGGUGUUGAUGGACACGUGGGUCUGCGUUUGGCUUUGAGCCUUGCAGAUCGCGCAGUGCAGCUGCAGACUGCAUUAAGCUUAGGAGGUGAAUGAAGUAAGGCUUUCACUGAAUGUGCACGUUCCCUCAGAGGGCUGCCCCGUGUCAUGUCGGCUGCAGAGUCCUUAUUAGAGGCUUGUCAGUUGGUGGUUUGGGCACUGGAAGCUGGUCAGUGUAAAGGGAUGGAUAUAACUACAUUGCUGGCUUGCUUUUCAUUUUUGGAAGAAUAUCAGGAACUUCUGCUCACACAGCAAAAAAACUCCUUUUCACAGCAGGUGCAGUACUCGCUUUGUUUCAGUUCUUACCAGGGCUUCAUUAGCACGUAUGAUAGUCUUCAUGCAUCUCAGGUGUCUGGGGGUGAUGCUCUGGACAGAGUCCUAUUGUACUGUCAGGCAACAGCAGGACGGAUGCUUGCUGAACUGCGGACACUCAACAACGACAAUUUCUUACUUAAAGCAGUGUGUGCAGUGAAUAAUGUGGUAUAUGAGCUGUUUAACAGGAAACUGUAUGAGGGAGCCUUUGGUUUGGCUGUGAUUGUGUGUCAGGAGCUGUGUAAGGACUGCCCAUCCUCUCUUCCUGUGGAUAGGGUCAACCGCUGUUUCACGCUGACAGUGCAGUGUAGCCGGCGCGGGGGUCAGAUGGAGCGUGCUCUAGACUGGAUUGUGCACUGGAUUCGGGUUUUGGGCACACAGAUUUGUCGCUGGGUUUUUUUGGUCAGGACUUUGAGGGAUGGAUUAGGAGAAGCAAUAGCGGAUGAAGAGGUGAUGAUGUGUUUGUUAGAAGAGGAGUUGCGUUUGUAUAAGGAGCAGACUGGAGACACAGCCCAGGAGCGCUACAACACACUCUGCGACCUCUUGGACAUUUGCCAUGAAGAAACCCCACACACACUGAGACGGGCUACAUAUUUAUUUGACUUUACCCAUGAGGCUUUGAGGUUGCUGGAGGUGGAGCCAGAGACAGCAGAGAAUGCUGAUAGGCUGAAGGAUGAGAAGGCACACGCCUCCCUGUGGCUCUACAUCUGUACUCUUGAGACCAAUUUGCAGGAGGCUGUGGACACAGAGAAGCGAUUGCGUGCAGUGCAGGAAGAGAAUAAAAUGGAGGUGAAUAUGGAUCCUGUUCCCACUAAUGAUCUGGAGUAUGAAGACAAACAGAAAUUACUAGAGAGCCAGUUAGUAUAUGAUGGACUACGCUUCAAUCUACUGGCUCAAUGCAUUAGAGACCCUAAACUCACUGCUUCUUCCAUGACACUGAUGGCUGCCCUCUACACACUUAUGGGCAAACAACUGAAAGCUCUGGAGGGAUAUCAGCUCGCUGCUGCUCUUUUCCAUAGCCUCGGUGAUGCCCAGAAUAGUGCAAAUGCCUUUUGCCACUCCGCCAGGAUCCUGCUGUAUCUGGGCUCUCCUCAGCUUGCAGAGGUGGAGACUGAAGACUUCAGACAAGGCUCAAUAGUGAUGAUGUUGCCUGGUGAUGAUGUUGUUGGGCAACGGGUUUUACGGAGCCCCUGGACCAAACACAGACACACGCUUUGUAGAUCUAGGAUGGUGAUUGUGAGGAGCAGCAGUGGGGCUGUUCAUGAAACGAUAGCUCAGUGUCUAGAGGCUCUCAAACUGGCCACCAAACUGCAGACACUCAGCCAGAGAGAUCUGGCUGCAGAUGUUGGACGAGAAUGUUUUAGUGAGCUCAGAAGAAAGGGACAGAAUGGCUCUGGAUCUCACACAACCAUACCACAUCUUGGGGUCACUAACCUGUCAGUAGAGGCGGUCCAGUCGUACCUGCGUUCCUCAUGGCUCCUCCUCCACCACUUCCCGCCUCCCUCUCUUUUUCCCCACAUCUGCUCACUGCUCGCUCAGUCACUUGGCCAAACCGAUCCCAUCACUACUGCGAUGCCACAUGCACAGUCACUGGGGGUGUCCACUCGCCACCAUAUGACCCGUCAUGUGGUUAGCCAAUUCAGGAAGCUGAAGAAAUCUUGUAAUGAUGUAACAGAAGGUCUUGGUGCUCUGAGUCUGGAGGAAAUGUCUGGGGCAACCCAGUCUCAGAAACUCUCUGCACUAGAGCAGACAUUUUCCUUCAACUCAUCGCACCCAACACAGUUCCCACAGACACACUGUCACCAGUUCACACAGCAGCUGAAAGAUCUGCCACCAGGAAUAACAGUGUGCAUGCUUUCGCUCACGGGUGUCUAUCUUGACGAAAUCGGCAGCACUAUUCUUCUGACCCGACUGGAGCGCGGCUCUAACCCAAUCACUGUUCGAAUCCCUACUGCAAACAGAAAGCGCUCUGUUGCUGUGCUGUUGGAAGAAAUGGAUGGAGUAUUGAAGGGGCAGAAGGAAGUGAGCACGGUGGCUGAGAAAUCGCAGUGGUGGGAAGGAAGAAAAGCUUUGGAUGUUCGUGUGGAGGUGAGAGACAUAAUCUUUGAUAGUUUGCAGAAACUAAUUAUGAAAAUGUUAGAAGAGAUGGAAGAGGCUUUAGGUGUGUGGCGCACUCUACUCCUGCCUUUGACCUCUGACCCUGAGCUUGAAGUUCAUGUAAAGCGUUUCCAAAAGGCACUGAAAGGAACCAAGAUCACACAGGACACUCUGAAGGUGGUUCUCUCAGCAUCUCCACUCCUGUCCCUGCCAGAGCUGCAGUGCCUUGUGGAAGGGAUGGGUCAGCAGGACAAGGACUUCCUGAGGCUUCUGCAGGGUGGUGUGGCUGAACUGAGAGGAAGGGAGGAGCCAUAGGGACAUACAGUUCUCAUCUUAGACAAGUUCUUGCAGAGGUUGCCAUGGGAGAACAUUGCUAUUCUGAAGUCUCGUUCUGUCACUCGCAUGCCCUCAUUACAUGCAGUACUUGGACACAGUUGUCUGAGAGAGAUUGAUUCAAGUUGUGUUCUGUCCUGUGGUGUGAAUCCGAAGAAAGUUUACUAUGUGCUAAACCCAGAUGGAAACCUUCCUGACACUGAAAAUCGCUUUAAAGAAUGGUUUACUGGGUGAGUUCACAAAAUGUGC